AUGUUCAGAAUGGCACCUCCCAAGAAGACAUGCCAGCAGAAGCUCUCCUCAAAUCCGUACAAGAACAACGAGGUGCCUGACCCUAAUGAAGAGUACUACCAAGCGAAGACCAAGUUAGUGAGCAAGGAGUCAGGCAACCGAGUCGGAGUAAAGGCCAUCGCCAGACAGCUAGCCAACGCACCAAGCCCGCGAGACACUGGAAAGUCCGGCUAUCCACACAAAUUCUACAACGAGCCUGGAGAGACGCAGAUCUCGCAGCUGGUCAGAACCGAUAGCGCCCCGAGCAGCACCACUUCCCUGUACGAGUAUCCAGUGUUCUCGGACAACCAAACCUGCAAUUAUCAAAAGAAGCCCAGGGAAAACCCCGGCCACAUUCGAGGAAUCACCAACCAGAACAAACGGUUCAAGGGUGUCGUAGCUCACCAUGGCGAGGAUGGCAAGCCGAACAGGGGUGAUAUGCACUGGGUGGAGAAGGACAUGAAAAAGCAGUGA